UUUAGCGGUCUGACAGGGGAGCAUAUCCUAGAAAAAUCCAGCUUCGAAUACGAUCAAUGAUUGUUUGGUGGCUUUAAAUGUGAUAACGUACGGGAGAUUAACAUGAGCUAAGGUAAACCAGCACAGCUGGUCUCACGGGUUGGUAAACAAUCUGAUAAGCCUUCAUCGCAGCCCGUCAGUUUUCGAGAUAAGGACAGCCACUGCAACAAACCAAGCCUCAAUCUCGGGCUUCACCAUGGACGUGUCUCGCGCUCUGGCAGCAAUAAUUCUCGGAGUUUCAUGUUUUAUCCGAAAUGGCGAAGCUUUCAACUUGACAGUUGUUCACACGAACGACAUACACGCGCAUUUUGAACAGACGAACAUUCGUGGAGGCCCUUGCUCGGAGAAGGACGCCGCGGCGAACAAUUGUUAUGGCGGCUAUGCUCGUAUAGUGACUAAAGUCAAGGAGUACCGGAACCUUAAGCCCAACAAUACUCUAGUGAUUGAUGCUGGGGACCAAUACCAGGGAACGCUUUGGUUCUACUACUUUGGAGGAAAUGUUACGUCGGAGUUUGUCAACUUGCUCGGGUAUGACGCUAUGGCAUUGGGCAACCACGAGUUCGACCGAGGCGUUGGUGGAUUACUUCCCUUUCUGGAGGACGUCACAGUCCCCGUCAUCAGCGCCAACAUCGACGCCAGUCAGGAACCGCGCAUCCAAGGGUUAUUCCACAAGAGCACAGUUGUGACAAUAGGAGGACAGAAGAUUGGGAUCAUUGGGUACACCACCACGGACACCCCCUCAAUAUCAAAUACAGAAAAACUGGUUUUCGAUCCCAUCAUUCCCGCUGUGAAGGCGGAAGUUGAUGCCAUGAAGAAAUCGGGCAUCAACAAGAUUAUCGCCCUUGGCCAUGCCGGCUACCAGUUCGACCGGCAGAUGGCGAAGGAGGUUGAAGGCCUGGAUAUUGUCGUCGGUGGCCACAGCCAUUCUUUCCUGUACACAGGCACGCCUCCAUCAAUAGAGAAGCCCGUGGGUCCCUAUCCUACCAUCGUUGCACAAGCGUCAGGUGCAAAGGUCCCAGUGGUGCAGGCCUACUGUUACAGCAAGUACAUUGGCCAUAUAGAACUGGAAUUCGACGACGAUGGAAAUGUCCUCGCAUGGGAAGGAAAGCCUAUACUUCUGGACAAAGAUACACCACAAGAUCCGGAAACCCUGAAGAAGCUGGAGCCGUGGGCUAAUGCUGUGAACUCGUCCGCCAUGGUGACUGUCGGUACAACAGACGUCUUCCUGCAGGGGGAUGAACACGACUGCCGCAGAGUCGAGUGUAAUCUGGGCAAUAUCUACACGGAUGCUAUGAUCUACAAAUUCCUGCAGCUUGAAAAGUCCCAUGCCGACUACUGGACUUCAGUUCCUAUAGCUCUCUGUAACGGAGGCGGGAUUCGCUCGCCUAUUGACGUUGGCGAAAUUACAAUGAAGCAUGUGUUGUCCGUGCUACCAUUCAUGAACGACAUUGACCGGAUCAAGCUGAAGGGGAAGUUCCUCCUCCAGGCCUUGGAACAUUCCGUGUCCAGGUAUCCAAAGUCGGAAUCCGAUGACCUUUUUGGCGGCUUCUUACAAGUGUCAGGUCUGAGGGUCACGUAUGACGUCAGCAAACCAGUUGGCAGCCGAGUGGUUGAUGUCAAAGUCCGCUGUUCAAACUGCACGGUUCCCAGGUUCGAUCCUCUUGACGACGAAACCCUGUACACCAUUGCACUGCCGGUGUUCACGUCUGACGGGGGCGAUGGCUAUACCGUCAUACGUGACAACAGGAUACAGAUGCCACCUAUUGGUGCUCUGGACUCUGAUGUAUUUGUCGACUAUGUGAAGACAUUUACUCCUCUGACCCAGGGCCUAGAAGGCCGUAUUCGUUUUGUCACAGAAAGUAAGAAAAAAGACUGUGACGUGAAUGCUGGCGACAACGUCACUUCCGCUAAGUUACCAUUCAUUGUUGGUGUGGUAUUGAUACUUAUGUAUCAUAUCCUUUAGUGAAGUCGUGGUACAUGAUAGUGAGUUACGUUGGAAAUCCUCAUUCAGCUUCAUUCUUACGCAUCUACGCCUUGCACGAUUGCGAUUAUUGUAACGUUUCUUAAAAAACAAAACAAACAAAAACGUCAACACGAUCAUAACCGUGCAAGAAAACCGCUAUCGAGGAAACGUGCCUGUUCAGCAGUAGUAUACCUACUUACCUGAUCUAGUCUCGACAACAUCUCGUUUCUCAACGAUUUUACCAUGUAGACACAUUGUCGCUAUGGAGGGAACGUUUGUUUUGAACAUAAGUAUCUCGUUAUAUUCCAGUUUCAAAAAUCAUCCUUUUAAUUUUUUAGUUUAGUUACGAUCGUUUUCAAUACUGUUACAUACACACUGUUCAUAAAAAAAAAGAGAAAAACUCAAUGAAGUUAGAUUGAUGAGUAGUGUAUGGUUCUUAAAGUAAUUACGUCAGUGUAACACUUAAACAUCGUAUGCAUGAUUUAAUUGAAAGCAAUAGACAAUCGGUGCAAGCAGUUUGACAUGUUAACGUUAUAAUGUUUACUCUGGGGUGUAUCAUUCACUACUUGUCCAUUAUAGUCUCUCCUGUGUCCGUGUACUGUCAAUACCUAUAUGUAUGUAUGUGUUUAUUGAUUGUUAGCAUAUAUACCUGUCGAUAUCAACGUCUGAAUACGUCAACUAUAAUGGCUCUGAGACAGCUAUGAACUAGUCCAAUUUUGAAAGUAGAGACGAAUAUUAAGACAUUUGAGAUUUACUGUUUACCGAGUCCAGCAAAAAUCAAAAUGCUUUCAGGAGUAAAUCUGAUGUACAUAUAUUGACUAUUCUGAUGCGUGAUGUGUGACAUGUAUGAUGUAGAAGCGGUUUCGGGACAUUUGUCACUUACGUCCAGUUUAACCCAACCGCCCUCGAC